AUGAGAAAAAAAUAUACCCACUCUAUAUCCUCUCUUUUUUUCUCUUUUUUACUCAUUCACUCGUUCUUUCACACGCGCUCAUUAUCUAUCUAUCUAUCUAUCUAUCUAUCUAUCUAUCUAUCUAUCUAUCUUCAAUCUGUUCACCGUCUAUCUAUCGCUGAUAUUGUUCAUUUUUCUAUCUAUCGUCAGUCUGUUCAUUAUCUAUCUAUAUCAGUCUCAUCAUAUCUAUCUAUCUAUCUAUCUAUCUAUCUAUCUAUCUAUCUAUCGCUACAUUCUAUGUAUGUAUGUAUGUAUGUAUGUAUCUAUCUAUCUAUCUAUCUAUCUAUCUAUUUUCAGUCUGUUCAUUAUCUAUCUAUCUCUUCUUUAUUUAUUUCCCCAAUUUCUUUUCUCCCUCUCUCUCUCUCUCUCUCUCUCUCUCUCUCUCUCUCACAUACACAUUCACUAUCUAUAUUCGUUUUCUUUCUUCCUCUCGCUAUAUUAGUCUUCUUUAUUUAUUUCUCGCUAAUUUGUACUCUCUUUCUCUCUCUCGCGCGCGCAUGCGCUCUACAUUCCUUCCUUUCUGCCUCACCUGCUAUCCUCUUCCGCCUCACCUGCUAUCCUCUUCUGCCGCGCCUGCUAUCAUCUUCCGCCUCACCUGCUAUCCUCUUCCGCUGCGCCUGCUAUCAUUUUCCGCCUCACCUGCAAUCCUCUUCCGCCUCACCUGCUAUCCUCCUCCGCCUCACCUCUUCCACCUCACAUCUUCCGCCUCCCCUGCAAUCCUUCUGCCUCACCUGCUAUCAUCUUCCGCCUCACCUGCUCCUCUUCAGCCUCAUCAUCCUUCCGCCUCACCUGCAAUCCUCUUCCGCCUCACCUGCUAUCAUCUUCCGCCUCACCUGCAAUCCCUCUUCAGCCUCACCUCCUAUCAUCUUCCGCCUCACCUGCAAUCCUCUUCAGCCUCACCUGCUAUCCUCUUUCGCCUCACCUGCAAUCCUCUUCCGCCUCACCUGCUCUCCUCUUCUGCCUCACCUGCUAUCAUCUUCCGCCUUACCUGCAAUCCUCUUCUGCCUCACCUGCUAUCAUCUUCCGCCUCACCUGCAAUCCUCUUCAGCCUCACCUGCAAUCCUCUUCCACCUCACCUGCUAUCAUCUUCUGCCUCCCCUGCAAUCCUCUUCAGCCUCACCUGCUAUCCUCUUUCGCCUCAUCUGCAAUCCUCUUCCGCCUUCACCUGCUAUCAUCUUCCGCCUCACCUGCUAUCCUCUUCCGCCUCACCUGCUCUCUUCUUCCGCCUCACCUGCUAUCAUCUUCCGCCUCACCUGCAAUCCUCUUCUGCCUCACCUGCUAUCAUCUUCCGCCUCACCUGCAAUCCUCUUCCGCCUCACCUGCAAUCCUCUUCUGCCUCACCGGCUCUCCUCUUCCGCCUCCCUUCUAUCAUCUUCCGCUUCAUCUGCAAUCAAACCUCUUCAGCCUCACCUGCUAUCAUCUUCCGCCUCACCUGCAAUCCUCUUCCGCCUCACCUGCUAUCAUCUUCCGCCUCACCUGCAAUCUUCAGCCUCACCUGCUAUCCUCUUCCGCCUCACCUGCAAUCCUCUUCCGCCUCACCUGCAAUCCUCUUCCGCCUCACCUGCUAUCCUCUUCCGCCUCACCUGCAAUCCUCUUCCGCCUCACCUGCUAUCCUCUUCCGCCUCACCUGCUCUCUCCUUUCCGCCUCACCUGCUAUCCUCUUCCGCCUCACUUUCAAUCCUCUUCUAUCUCACCUGCUAUCCUCUUCCGCCUCACCUGCUCUCCUCUUUCGCCUCACCUGCUAUCAUCUUCCGUCUCACCUGCAAUCCUCUUCUGCCUCACCUGCUAUCAUCUUCCGUCUCACCUGCAAUCCUCUUCUGCCUCACCUGCUAUCAUCUUCCGCCUCACCUGCAAUCCUCUUCCGCCUCACCUGCUAUCAUCUUCCGCCUCACCUGCUAUCCUCUUCCGUCGCACCUAUGA